GUCCUGUUUGAAAUUGUUCUUGGCUUCUGGUUAAUGUAUAUUUUACAAAUGGCAAAAUUUGCAAGUGGUAUAUAAGCAAGGUAUAUUGAAGACACUAUAAUGGACAAUACACCACUACUAGUGAACAGGUGGCAUUGCCAUAUUUCAGUUCAAUUGUUUGAUUUGCUGUAAUGCAUAUUUGUUCUUUGAGCGUAUAUAGACUUAUCUUUUAUAUAAGCAUUAUUUAUUUUUCUACUCGGUGCUAUGGACUCUAGACUGAUUUUUGCCUAUGUCCAGUAUAAUAAUAACCAUUGUGUAAGUGCUCUUACGCUUCUAGGCCAACUGUAUUUACGUGAUUGAAUUGAUCUAAACUGGAAGAAACUGAUUGAAAAAAAAUGAUGAACCCGGUUAAUAAAAUUAACUUGUUUAAUGUAAUAUUAAGCUACGAGGAUGUCAAUGUCAGUGAAUCGAUUGUUGUAGUCAGUGAGCCACAUUUUCAGGAAUUUGAUAUGUUUCAAUGAUUUUCAUUCAAGAUAUAUUGAAGAACAAGAUGUUUGACUUCUGUACAGUUGUGUGUAAUAAUUUGUGUGCUUAAUUUUAAACUGUCAAGAUCAUACCUAAAACUACGCUUUUUGAUUUUGUUUUAACAGUCGCCCAUCAGUAAUUCCCAGUGUAAGAUGAGGCAUAGUUUCUAACAUAUCCAUUCAAAUAAUUGUAAAAUUUUGUUUUGUCUGUCCAAUUACGAUCAUUCGUUUUUUACCAAGUUUUGGAAUUAAUUAGUGCCACUUCAUGUUCAGGUGUUGAAAGAUUCUGUAAAAUUUCAGAAUAUUUAUACAGUGAAGUCGGAAGUUUACAUACACCUAAGACAAAUACAUUUAAACUCAGAUUUUCACAAUUCCUGACAUUUAAUCCUAGUAAAAAGUCUCUGUCUUAGGUCAGUUAGGAUCACCACUUUAUUUUAAGAAUGUGAAAUGUCAGAAUAAUAGUAGAGAGAAUGAUUUAUUUCAGCUUUUAUUUCUUUCACCACAUUUCCAGUUGGUCAGCAGGUCAAUUAGUAUUUGGUAGCAUUGCCUUUAAAUUGUUUAACUUGGGUCAAACGUGUCGGGUAGCCAUCCACAAGCUUCCCAAAAUUAGUUUGGUGAAUUUUGGCCCAUUCCUCCUGACAAAGCUGGUGUAACUGAGUCAGGUUUAUAGGCCUCCUUGCUCGCACACACUUUUUCAGUUCUGCCCACAAAUGUUCUAUAGGACUGAGGUCAGGGCUUUGUGAUGACCACUCCAAUACCUUGACUUUGUUGUCCUUAACUUCUUAUGGCUGCAGGAAUAGUAUUGAGUAGCUUGGAUGAAAGGUGCCCAGAGUAAACGGCCUGCUCCUCAGUCCCAGUUACUAAUAUAUGCAUAGUAUUAUUAGUAUUGGAUAGAAUCACUCUGAAGUUUCUAAAACUGUUUGAAUUAUGUCUGUGAGUAUAUCAGAACUCAUAUGGCAGGCAAAAACAUGAGAAAAAAUCCAAACAGGAAGUGAGAAUUCUGAGAGUGGUCGAUGUUAAAGUCAUCGCCUAUUCAAUUCCCUGUAAUAUAUGGAUAUGUUUGCACUUCCUACGCCUUCCACUAGAUGUCAACAGUCAGUAGAACGUGGAAUGGAGCUUAUGCUGUGUUGUGGGACCGGAUGGGAGGUGUUUGAGUCAGUGGUCUGGCAGAGUGCCAGUUCUUGGUCACGCACUUUCCUCAUGAUAUCGCCAUGCGUUCUAUUACUUAUAGACUGAAAAAAAUGCUCCGGUAGGAACGUUAUUGGAUAUAUAUGAUAACAACAUCCUGAAGAUUGAUUCUCUACUAAGUUUGACCAGUUUAUUCGACUUGUAAUAUAACUUUUUGAAGUUUUCGUCCGACGUUUGCCUGCAUCUGCGCGAGCGUUUGGACACGUGUACUUCACAUGCUAUCAAAAUUAGCUAAUUGGACAUAAGUAAUGGACAUUAUCGAACAAACCAACGAUUUAUUGUGGAACUAGGAUUCCUGGCACUGCAUUCUGAUGAAGAUAAUCAAAGGUAAGGGGAUAUUUAUGUUGUAAUUUCGUAUUUCUGUUGACUCCAACAUGGCGGCUAAUUUGGCUAUUGUUCUGAGCGCCGUUUCAGAUUAUUGCAUGGUUUGUUUUUUCCGUAAAGUUUUUUUGAAAUCUGACACAGGGUUGCAUUAAGGAGAGGUAUAUCUAUAAUUCCAUGUGUAUAACUUGUAUUAUCAUCUACAUUUAUGAUGAGUAUUUCUGUUGAAACGAUGUGGCUAUGCAAAAUCACUUGAUGUUUUUGGAACUAGUGAAUGUAACGCGCCAAUGUAAACUCCGAUUUUUUUUAUAGAAAUAUGAACUUUAUCAAACAAAACAUGCAUGUAUUGUGUAACAUGAAGUCCUAUGAGUGUCAUCUGAUGAAGAUAAUCAAAGGUUAGUGAUUAAUUUGAUCUUUAUUUCUACUUUUUGUGAAAGCUAUCUUUCGCUGGAAAAAUGGCUGUGCUUAUUGUGGUUUGGUGGUGACCUAACAUAAUCGUUUGUAGUGCUUUCGCUGAAAAGCAUAUUUGAAAUCGGACACUUUGGUGGGAUUAACAACAAGAUUACCUUUAAAAUGAUAUAAAACACAUGUAUGUCUGAGGAAUUUUAAUUAUGAGAUUUCUGUUGUUUGAAUUUGGCGCCCUGCACUUUCACUGGCUGUUGUCAUAUCAUCCCGGUAACGGGAUUGCAGCCAUACGAAGUUAAUCCAUUUUGCCACAACUUUGGAAGUAUGCUUGGGGUCAUUGUCCAUUCGGAAGACCCAUUUGCGACCAAGCUUUAACUUCCUGACUGAUGUCUUGAGAUGUUGCUUCAAUAUAUCCACAUAAUUUUCCUCUCCCAUGAUGUCAUCUAUUUUGUGAAGUGCACCAAUCCCUCCUACAGCAAAGCACCCCCACAACAUGAUGCUGCCACCCCCGUGCUUCACGGUUGGGAUGGUAUUCUUCGGCUUGCAAGCCUCCCCCUUUUUCCUCCAAACAUGAUGAUGGUCAUUAUGGCCAAACAGUUCUAUUUUUGUUUCAUCAGACCAGAGGACAUUUCUACAAAAAGUAAGAUUUUUGUUCCCAUGUGCAGUUGCAAACCUUAGUCUGGCUUUUUUAUGGCGGUUUUGGAGCAGUGGCUUCUUCCUUGCUGAGCAGCCUUGCAGGUUGUGUCGAUAUAGGACUCGUUUUACUGUGGAUAUACUUUUGUACCUGUUUCCUCCAGCAUCUUCACAAGGUCCUUUGCUGUUGUUCUGGGAUUAAUUUGCGCUUUUCGCACCAAACUACGUUCAUCUCUAGGAGACAGAACGUGUCUCCAUCCUGAGCGGUAUGACGGCUGUGUGGUCCCAUGGUGGUUAUACUUGCGUACUAUUGUUUGUACAGAUGAAUGUGGUACCUUCAGGCAUUUGGAAAUUUCUCCCAAGGAUGAACCAGACGUGUGGAUGUCUACAAUUGUUUUUCUGAGGUCUUGGCUGAUUUCUUUAGAUUUUUCCAUGAUGUCAAGCAAAAAGGCUCUGAGUUUGAAGGUAGGCCUUGAAAUACGUCCACAGGUACAUUUCCAAUUGAUUCAAAUGAUUUCAAUUAGCCUAUCAGAAGCUUCUAAAGCCAUGACAUAAUUUUCUGGAAUUUUCCAAGCUGUUUAAAGGCACAGUCAAUUUAGUGUAUGUAAACUUCUGACCCACUGAAAUUGUGAUACAGUGAAAUAAUCUGUGAACAGUUGUUGGAAAAAUUACUUGUGUCAUGUACAAAGCAGAUGUCCUUACCGACUUGCCAAAAGUAUAGUUUGUUAACAAGAAAUUUGUGGAGUGGUUGAAAAACAGUUUUAAUGACUCCAACCUAAGUGUAUGUAAACGUCCGACUUCAACUGUACGUUCUCCAGAAAUCCUGGUUGGAUGAUUUCCGGAACUUUGGGAACGUUUCUCAAAUUUUGCCUAAUCACUGCUAAGAAAUGGAGGAAGAAAUAGGCCAAUUCACUACUGUACAUGGUGACAAGCUUAAACCAUGUUGAAAUGCAAACCUAAAUUACCUUUAAACCACUAAUAUACACUGACUCAAUCGUUUCCUGUGGAAAUAAUGUGGCCAGAAAUAAGUAUAGUCAUGAACAUUGAGGACUUGCAUUUUCCCUUAAAAAUACAAUGACAUUCGCAUGUUACGUUUACUAGGCUAUUGGCUUGCCAUUAUUUCAGGCUCUCGUUGCACUUGCAUUUCAUUCAAGUGUCUUUCAAACAUUUUUAAUUUCCAUGUCCCUUCUCGCACAUUUGUUUGGUUCGUCUUUGUCCUACUAUAUUGUCGAUUUCAAUUAUUAUGUUUUCCAGACUGCUUAAAUUGAAAUGAAUAUUGCCCCAAAAAUGUAGCAUACUAGUGCAAUCCCAAAUAUACAACUAUAAAUGUAGCACACAAAAAAAAAAAAAAUUGAAUUGUUGCAUAGUUUCCAUUUAAUUGAUUUGUCUACUUCAGCCUAAAUAAUUUUAUCAGCAUUCAGCAUUGUUUCUGCUUGUUGAUAUGCCUAAUUGACCAUAAUUGAAUGGUUUUCCCAUAAUCAUCAAGCCUCAAUGUAACUGCUGUGAAAUAAUUCUAAACAAAUGCAAUGAAGUAGUAAAGAGCUAAAUAGCAUCGGUAUGUGUAAAUAAUACCGCCACACUAGGCACAAACGUCAGUUCGUCUAGUUUUGAUUUACAUUUGGUUUAUUAGUCAAAAUGUGAAUGCAACUUUAAAUCAAAUGUUACUAUGCCAUUGGAUUUAGGUUAAAGGUUGGGUGAAAAAAAAUGCCCUUACGUUGACUUUUUGCAAAUCCAAUCAGUUUCACGUUGAUUCAUCAUGGCAUAGAUUUAAAUUGGUUUAAAUUACGUGGAAACAACGUUGAUUCAACCAGUUUUGCCAAUGGUUCGAUUUCGCCAUGCAUGUAAAAACAUCAGCUGUGCUUCUUGGUGAUCUUGAUUUAUUAGGCCUAGGGCCUACAUGAUUCUAUUAUAGAUUUGUUGUAUUAAAAAGCAGUAUCAAUGUGCUCAACAUUUCUAAAUGUAUGCAUGGUAUUUUCGACCACAUCACAUUGCCAUAUGCUAAAACCUUUAAUAUAGCAGUAUUAUAAGCACCACUCUGACGUUUGGGUUUGAUAGACCAACUAGCUCCGUGAAUUGUAGUUUCAAAAAGUAUCAUAACAAAAAAGUCUGAAAUCACAAAUGCUCAUAUUCCUGCCAUCUUUCUGAGCGAUACAAAAUUAAUCUGUACAGGCGCAGUCUGGUUGAAAGGCCCUGUGUGUGUGUUAAAGACCCUCUUUGUUGGGCUCCCCAACAGUUAUUUUCAAAUACAUUGUGAUAAUUUAAGAAACUUCUAAAAUUGUUUUAACUCUCAAUUUUCAGCAAAUACCAUUUUAAACCUAUGGAUGCAUUAAAAUGGGACAAUUUCUUCAGCAUCCUGUCCCCGAAACGCUUCAGGGAGGCUAUGCAAGGUGCAAACCAUACAUUUUAUUUUACCGCGUUUUAGGAUACGAUCAUUUUUCAAGGGUGUGAACUAUGAACACAACAUUAGUGCCAUUACAUUCACUUCCUGACUCAUUUUCCGCUCAUAUAAAUUUGGCGGUACGCCGAAUUGUGACGUAUAGCCUGGGCUACAUGCUCCGUACUGUGCAGACGUUUUUGCCAUAUGAAUGUGGAUGUAAAUUACAAAAGUAAAUUAAGAAUAUCGUCGCACAUUCCGUUUUAAAGACACGUCUACAGGUUGCCAUGGCAACAACAGAGAGUGACCCGAGUGGAUCCGGAGGAAUCUCCAGGCAGAAUUCGGGAGUGGGGGGACAAUGGGAAUCGGACUUGACUGCGGUGCAGCACAGUUUGAAGUUUGUGAAGAACCUGGAAGAGCACUAUGUUUGUCCCACCUGUAAAGGAGUAGUUCUCAACCCACACCAAACCGGCUGCGGACACAUCUUCUGCUACCGCUGCAUCCAAGGGCUCCUGGAAAACUCCCCAGCCACCACCUCGGCCUGUCCUUUGGACAGAGGUUUGAUCAAAUCUGAUGAGGUUUUCCAAGACAAUUGCUGCAAAAGGGAGAUAUCAAAUUUAGAAGUCUACUGCACAAACUCCCCCAACUGCUCCCACAGAAUGACAUUAUGUCGGUUGCAGGAGCAUCUACAGGCAUGUCCGUUUGAGUCGUUGCAGUGUUCCAAUGUAGGCUGCAGUGAGAUCUUGCAACGCAAGGAUUUGCAGGAGCACCUCAGAAUCAGCUGCUCCUAUCGUAUGGAGCGCUGUCACUACUGCAAGCAUCCUUACACAUGCUGCCAACUCGAGGAACAUGAGAGGUAUGCAUGCCCAGAGGUUGAAAUCAAGUGCCCCAACAAAUGCUCCCAGAUGAUUAAAAGAUGCAUGCUUGAAGACCAUGCUGACCAGUGUCCUGAGGUGCAGACGGACUGUGUUUAUAAGAAAUAUGGCUGCUCUGUCCGGGAGAGGAGAGCCCAAGUUCAAGUUCACGAGGAAACCGCUCUCAAUCACCACAUCCUCCUGGUUCUGGGGAGCAACACCAAGCUGGAGACACAGAUGGAAAUCCUCCAGCAAGAGGUGCUGCUGAGGCACAAGGAGCUCCAGGAGAGGAGCCACCAGGUCAGCGGUCUGGAGGAGGUGGUCCGCCCGCUGGCCCAGCAGGUCAGCCGAUGUGACAGCACUCUGUCUGCAGUACAGAGGUCUCUGGAGGACCAGAGGGGCCACAUCUCCAGCGUCCAGCUCCAGCUUGAGGAGCUGUCCAGUGUGUUUGGCCCUGGUGUGGCCCGGGAGGAACUGGGCCAAAUCAGAGCGUCCCUGGAUGCCCUCAGACAGCAGGUGUCCGUCACGGAGGGGCUCAAAGACCACCUGGGGGAGUUGAAGGAGACCUACAUGCGCCACUCGCGCCUCCUCAGCAUCCACACGGCGCAGCUGGAGUGCAACGAGGAGCACUUCAGAGAGCUCGAGUCCACCUCAUACGACGGCAAGCUCAUCUGGAAGCUCCGCGACUACCGCAAGAGGAAGGAGGCCGGUGCACGAGGCCAGGGGCCGUGCCUUAGCAGCGCGCCCUUCCACACGGGCCGCAGCGGCUACAAAAUGGCCGCCAGGGCCUACCUGAACGGCGACGGGGCAGGCCGGGACACCCACCUGUCUCUUUACGUGGUCCUCAUGAGGGGCGACUUCGACCCCCUCCUGCCCUGGCCCUUCAGACAGCCGGUGUCAUUGUCAGUGCUGGAUCAGAGCGGCACCAACAACCACCUAACUAUGAGUUUCAAACCCGACCCGGAAAACACUAGCUUCCACCGGCCCGGCUCGGUCGCUGCAACCGCCAGCGCCCCCACCAACGUGGCCUCUGGUUUCCAGUGCUUUGCCUCGCAUGCCCAGCUGGAGACGCCCAAGAACGCCAUCUACGUGAGAGACGAUACGCUUUUUGUUAAGGUCAAAGUGGACACGAGCGGUUUGGAGGACUUGUAGAGGGGCCUUAAAGAACUGGUUUGAGAUCAUUUCAAAAAUAGCUAAUGUUACAAAGCUCAGUGCAGGCCAAUGCCUCAGUUGUACUCCACAUUUAACAAAGUAAGCUUGCAGAAAUAGUGUCAGCAAGUCCAUGCAUUUUUCUCCCAGAUACUUAAAUGAUAAAGCAAUACAGAAAUUGCAGUGAAGUAUUUACAUUCUGUAAUUCUUUAGCCUUGUCUGCAGACUGCUUGUAUGUGCUCACUGAGGAUUCAACUGUUAAUGCUGCCCACAGAUAUUAUAUUGAAUCUUAUUUUUGGAUUAAAGUCCUACAAUCAGA